AUGCUACUGAUCCCAGGUCAGCACCUCAGACCCCCAGAGGAUCCAUCAUGGCAACCUGGACCCACAGUUAAACAGAUGGAUGAUAGAGCCCCAGGUCUCCAGCCCAUCAAGCCCUUCACCAUGGUAGCAGUCAAGAUGCUGAAGGAAGAAGCAUCCGCUGACAUGCAGAACGACUUCCAGAGAGAAGCCGCUCUCAUGGCUGAAUUUGACCACCCCAACAUAGUCAGGCUACUAGGUGUGUGUGCGGUGGGGAAGCCUAUGUGUCUGAUGUUUGAGUACAUGUCUUACGGAGACCUGAACGAGUACCUGCGCCGCCGUAGCCCCACCCAGCAACACAGCCUGAGCCAGGCCAGCCUAUCAGGACGCAGCUUCUCCUCCGAACUGGAGUUGGGGCCACUGUGCUGCGAAGAACAGCUGUUCAUAUCCAAGCAGGUGGCGGCGGGCAUGGCGUACCUGUCAGAACGUAAGUUCGUCCACCGCGACCUGGCCACCCGGAACUGCCUCGUAGGAGAGGAGAUGGUGGUUAAGAUCGCCGACUUCGGUUUAUCCAGAAACAUCUACUCUGCUGACUACUACAAGGCCAAUGAGAACGAUGCUAUCCCCAUCCGCUGGAUGCCCCCAGAGUCCAUCUUCUACAACCGUUACACCACGGAGUCGGACGUGUGGGCCUACGGGGUCCUUCUCUGGGAGAUCUUCUCCCACGGCAUGCAGCCGUACUACGGCAUGGCCCAUGAAGAGGUCAUCUACUACGUUAGAGACGGCCACAUCUUGGCCUGCCCUGAGAACUGUCCUGUAGAGCUGUUCAAUCUGAUGAGACUGUGUUGGAGCGGACACCCCACAGACAGACCCAGCUUCAGUAGUAUCCACCGCAUCCUGGAACGUAUUCAUGAGCAGACGUUGAGACCGGCCAUGCCGACGCCAGAGUUAAGGCCAUCUUUAUCCACUCUACCAACCCCAGAGUUAAGACCCAAUCUAUCCACCCAGCCAUACCUGGAGUUAAGACCCACUCUAUCCACCCUGCCAACCUUGCCUGCCCUGCCUAACCUAUCUCCCUUUUCCCCCCACCCUGCCCUGUGCCCUGUGCCCGGGGCCGUAGCCAAUUGA